AUGUCCGGCUUCCCCGGCCGCGCGGCCCGACGCUCUGCUGCCCCCGCCCGCCCAGCGCUCACCGACGAGCAGCGUGGCGAGGUGCGUGAGGCAUUCGAGCUCUUUGACACGGACAAGGACGGAUUCAUCGACUAUCACGAGCUCAAGGUCGCCCUCCGUGCGCUGGGCUUUGUCCUCCGCAAACCCGAGGUGCUCAAGCUUCUCCGUGACCACGACCGUGGGGAUGGGCUCAUGAGCCUGGCGGAUUUCGAGAAGAUUAUGACCGAGAAGAUCCUCUCGCGAGACCCAAUGGAGGAGCUGCGACGCGCCUUUGCCCUCUUUGACGACGACCACUCGGGCAAGAUCAGCCUCAAGAACCUCAGGCGCGUGGCCAAGGAGCUCGGCGAGCACCUGGGCGAUGAGGAGCUGCAGGCCAUGAUUGACGAGUUCGACAUGGACGGUGACGGCGAGAUCAGCCAGGAGGAGUUCAUCGCCAUCAUGCUCGACGGCGAGUAG